UCUCAAGGUCAGAACUAGAGAGAGAGAGAGGAAAGCCAAUCAAUCAAUGAAAGAAGUGCGUCGGAUGAUCUUAGCCAAUCCUUUUCCUUCUGUAACUGGAUAAAAAAUCUCUAUACAUGGCCCUCCCCACCACCCCGGCCUUCCCAAAACCCCACCCACGUCCCAACCAAAGCCAACCUCUCGCCCUUCUUCUCUCCUCACGCAUCCCUCCCCUAACCCUUUCCCAAUUCCCAACCACCCAUUAGAGUGGGGAAGGGGCAUUCAAGGAAUAAAAAGCAGGGCCUUCCCUCUUCCUACCCUCAACAUCUCUCUCUCUCUCUCUGUGUGUGUGUGGGAGUUAUCAUCAAGCAUGGGUAGCCAGUGCAACGGCGAUGAUUUCGAGGUGCCAGAGAUCAAGAUAAAGUUCACCAAGCUCUUCAUCAACGGCCAAUUCGUCGACGCCGUCUCCGGGAAGACAUUUGAGACGAGAGAUCCGCGCACCGGGGAGGUAAUUGCUCAUAUCGCAGAAGGUGACAAGGCAGACGUGGAUUUGGCCGUUGAGGCCGCGAGACAAGCAUUCGACCAUGGCAAAUGGCCUCGCAUGUCCGGCUAUGAGAGGGGGAGGAUAAUGAUGAAAUUCGCAGACUUGAUUGAGCAAAAUAUCGAAGAAUUGGCAAUACUGGAUACUCUGGAUGCUGGAAAGUUGUUCACUCUGGGUAAAAUUGUGGACAUCCCUGGAACAGUACAACUCCUCCGGUAUUAUGCUGGGGCUGCUGAUAAGAUCCAUGGAGAGACGCUAAAAAUGUCAAGAGAGUUCCAAGGCUACACGCUGAAGGAGCCCAUUGGUGUGGUCGGGCACAUCAUACCAUGGAAUUUCCCAUCUACCAUAUUGUUCUUCAAGGUCUGCCCCGCCUUGGCUGCUGGUUGCACCAUGGUCGUCAAACCUGCCGAGCAAUCCCCACUCUCUGCUCUCUACUACGCCCACUUAGCGAAAGAGGCUGGCAUCCCUGAUGGAGUGCUCAAUGUUGUCACUGGUUUUGGUCCCACAGCCGGUGGUGCCAUUUCUUCUCACAUGGAUGUCGAUAAGGUUAGUUUUACCGGCUCCCCUGAAGUAGGGCGCUUGGUGAUGGAGGCAGCGGCCAAAAGCAAUUUGAAGUCCGUGUCACUUGAACUUGGAGGGAAGUCACCUCUCAUCAUCUUCAAUGAUGCUGAUGUAGACAUGGCUGUUGAUCUAGCCAACACAGCUAUCUUCUUCAACAAGGGAGAAGUCUGUGUAGCAGGGUCUCGCAUUCAUGUUCAAGAAGGAAUUUAUGAUGAAUUUGUGAAGAAAGCAGCAGAAAGUGCCAAAAAGUUGGUGGUUGGGGAUCCUUUCGAUCCUCGGGUCAAUCAAGGGCCUCAGGUUGAUGAGGGGCAAUUUGAAAGAGUUCUUAAAUACAUCGAACAUGGUAAGAGAGAGGGAGCCACAUUACUUACUGGAGGAAGGCCAUGUGGUGAUAAAGGGUACUAUAUCGAACCCACAAUCUUUACGGAUGUCAAGGAGGAUAUGUUGAUUGCACAGGAUGAAAUAUUUGGACCUGUGAUGUCCCUCAUGAAGUUCAAGACCAUUGAGGAGGCAAUAGAGAGAGCCAACAACACUAGGUAUGGACUUGCAGCAGGGAUUGUGACCAAUGACCUGAACAUUGCGAACAGGGUCUCAAGAUCGAUUCGUGCAGGCUCCAUUUGGAUCAACUGUUACUUUGGUUUCGACAUUGACUGCCCUUUCGGUGGUUUCAAGAUGAGUGGUUUUGGAAAGGACAUGGGAUUGGAUGCAAUCGACAAAUAUCUCCAAGUCAAAUCCGUUGUCACUCCCAUUUAUGGUUCCCCUUGGCUGUAAUGUAAACGUUGCAAAGAAUAUUAUGGAAUAAUUUUCUCAUUGUCUAAUAAGUUUGUUACAAGCUGUUCGCAUAAUGUAACAUCACCGUAUUCGGCAAGCUAUAGUUCAAUCAUUAAAGUUCUUUA